AUGCCCCCAAAACGAACUCAAAAAGCUCAAAAAUUGCUUGAGCAAGAGGGCAAGAUCCUACUGGCUAUAAAAUCUAUUCAAAAUGGUCAAAUUACCACGAUUGCUGCAGCAGCACGCUCUUUUGAGGUGCCCCGCUCUACUCUCCAAGCCCGGAUCAAUGGGAGAACCAAUCGGUCUGAUACACGGGCUAAUGGCUAUAAACUCACUAAAAUUGAAGAAGAAUCAAUUAAGAGCUGGCUAAUAAGCAUGGAUCAACGAGGUGCUGCUCUUACGAUCAGUAUGCUAGCAGAUAUGGCCAAUUUAUUGCUAAAAGAGCGCGGAGAGACCCCGGUUCAGAGAGUGGGCAAAAAUUGGCCAACAAACUAUCUAAAUCGGCACUCCGAGCUUACUAGUCGAUUCUCUCGCAAAUAUGACUAUAAACGUGCUCUGAUGGAGGACCCAAAGGUCAUCACGGAGUGGUUUAACCUCUUUCAAAACACUAUCAUCAAGUAUGGAAUAUUAUCAGAUGAUAUCUAUAACUUUGAUGAGUCAGGGUUUGCGAUGGGAAUCAGUGCGACGACUAAGAUCAUUACUCAGUCAGUGUAUACUGGUCGGAGAGGUGUUUUACAACCUGGAAAUCGUGAAUGGGUGACUGUGGUUGAAUCAAUUGGCGCCUCUGGACACGCGCUUCCACCAUACAUAAUCUUCAAGGGAAAAAACUUCAUGUUACGAUGGUUUGAUGACCUUCCAAAACACUGGGCUAUCAAUCAUAGUCCAAACGGAUGGACGAGUGAUGAAAUAGGUGUUGAUUGGCUCCAAAAACACUUCAUUCCGCAUACAACAAAUCAAACCAAAGGAAAAUAUCGUCUUUUGGUCCUUGAUGGGCAUAACAGUCAUCUCACACCUCAAUUUGAUCAAAUUUGCGCUCAAAACAACAUCGUACCUAUCUGUAUGCCUGCGCAUACUUCCCAUCUUUUGCAGCCUCUUGAUGUUGGUUGUUUUGCUGUUUUGAAGCGAUCUUAUGGGAGUCGGGUUGCAGGAUAUACCCGAUUAGGCAUCAAUUCUAUUGAAAAAGAUGACUUCAUUGAUAUCUUCCCUAAAGCCCGUGGCGAUGCAUUUAAAAAGACUAUUAUUCAUAGCGCUUUCGCUGCUACUGGUCUUGUGCCAUUUGACCCUGAUCGGGUGUUGUCUCAUCUCAAUAUUCAGCUUGCAUCACCUACGCUCCCGGAUCGUCCAUUGUCACAGGGGUCAACCUCAGAUAGCAAUAUCUCAACUGGUAUCCCUCAGAACUCCAACCAACUAGCAAAACGCAAAGCUAGGAUUGAUUCGCAAUUGAGUGGGGGGUCAAAUAAGCUAUCUAGCCCUACAAAACGUGAACUUGCGCAAUAUCACAAAAUGACAGUGAAGAUGCUGCAUACGGUCGUUUUACAGGGUGAUGAGAUCAAGAGAUUACGGGCAGCGAAUGCAAAACAAAUGAAAAAAAGGGCCAAAUCCACAAAGCGGCUAUCCUACCAGGGUAGCCUGACAAGUGAUACGGUCGCUAAAGUGAGUGGUGGUAGUGGUGAUCAGAUAUAUAUAUCUAAUGCACCACCUGGUCCAUCACUCCCAGAGGAGCCCCUCUUGCCUGUUUUACCCCCUGUGACAAUUCACUUGCCAGAGCUUUCUCGUCGCCGUCCGAUUACCCCUGAACCCCUGAAUCCUCCGAAUACCCUCAUCCAUCCGAAAAGGUCCAAGGAACUCACUUGCUGCGAUCAACAAGUGAACAUAAUGGACUCGAGCACCUAUCUCUCCGCUAUGAAGAGCGAAAAACUGAAGGACUCGUCACAAUGGCAGUCGUGGCACCAGCGAGUGAAGGUAUUCGCUCAACGCAGAGACAUUUGGGAUCUCUGCAACCCCGAUGCGGACGAAUUGCAUCGUCCAGAGGCUCUCAGAGAGCCUAUUGCAGCUGACUACCCUGAUGAUGGGUCUCAGGAAGACAAGCGAGACUGGAGAGACCGCCUCGAAGUCUAUAAAAUCAAGGCAAACCGCUGGGAUAGACAGCGCAAAAGCCUAAAUGAGAUUGAUGAUCUUAUCGUCAACUCUCUGGAUGCAUCACUCCGUGAUGCAGUUUUGAAGUGCGAAACACCGUACGACCGUCUAGUAUAUCUCAGCAAGAGAUUCGCUAGAUCUGAAGCGUAUACUGAAGAAGUACGCAUGCAAUGGAGAGCUUUGUCAACCCAAAAGCCGACCGGAGAUGUCGAAAAAUGGCUGAUCUCAUGGGUGGAGCUAUAUGAGCGAGCAGUCAGUCUCAAAAUCAUUGAAACUGCCAACGCAAAUAAGGACUUACUGCAAGCCGUGAAAGAGGUCUUACCAAUCUGGUGGCAAGCCAAAUUCCAAGAGAUCGUGAUGGAGAAAGCAUCGAUAGAGACUCAAAGUCUGAUCGAGUCCUUCCGAUCGACAUAUCGUGAAAUUGGACCUAAUAUAGCGUUGCCACCGGCGGCAGCACUGAAGGGGUCUUUUUCCACCUGGCAAGGAUAUCAGGAAGCGAAAACUGAUGCGCCAAGUGAUGCGAAAAAGGACUCAAAAGGCAAAUUGGACGACACGCCUUUUGAGGCAAGACCAUGCCCGUGUGGAAUCAAAUUCCACAAACCCGCCAAUUGCUACACUCUGAAUGCCGCGAUGAGACCCGACGGUUUCACGGUAUCAAAAGAGAGGCAGAGACAGGCCGAGAAAACGCUUGCUGCAGAUCCAGCGUGGAAGAAAUGGGUCAAUGAAGCUAUUGAGAAAGCAUCGCCAAAGCUGUCAAAUGCAGUCACUGGAAACAUGGCCUUCUCCACUAGCUUACUAGACCUACCGGCGUCAUCCAUCAAGGACCGGUGGAUCUUGGACUCCGGUUCCAGCGUACAUGUCUGUAAUAAUAGAAGUCGCUUUGUGGACCUUUCCACUUGCCAGCACUCUCUAUCGACCGGUGACGGCAAGACAUCUGUUAUCGGGCAAGGGACAGCAAGGCUUCAUGGCAUCGAUCCAAUCACAAGAAAGGAGAAGGUGAUUACCUUAAGCAACGUCUAUUACGCACCAGGUUUCCAUGUAAACCUAGUGUCGUACGCUCGCUUGAAGGAGAAAGGCGGACAUUGGUCUGAGGAAGCAGGCUAUAUCGAAGAUCACAAUGCCAUCCCAAUUGUCAGCCUGAAAUUGUGGAAGUCAGCCGGCUUAUGGGUCUUCGAUCAACCCGGGAGAGCACCGUUACGGACAGCAAAUGCCGUCCGAUCAUCAUCAUCGCCAAAACAGUCAGCCGCAUCAGCUGAAGUAUGGCAUCGUCGACUAGGCCAUCCGCAGUACAAGACUGUACAGCAAGUGGCAAAGCUAGUCGAGGGCGUCACAAUUGACGCUAGGACAGAGGAUCACGCAAUUUGUGAGACUUGCCACCUAGGAAGAUCAGAUCGCCAAGUAUCAAGAAGACCAAUUGGAAGGGUUUUCGGGCCACUUGGUAGGGUUCAUUUUGAUCUGAUACAGCUUCCACGUGCUUACAAUAAGCAUAACUGGAUCUCCCACUUCUAUAUUGAAGGAAUAAGGUUCCACUGGGUCAUGACGCAUGAGUACAAGCCCGAAUGUCAGCUUGCAAUCAAUCAUUUCGUCCAAUUGGCCAAGAACUGGUGGAAACUUCCGAUCAAAGCUUUCAAUUAUGAUAAUGAGAAAGCUGCAGGACGUCCAGCUGAGCAGAGCUUGACAUCCGAUGGAAUUGUGGUCUAUCAUAGUCCACCAAGGCACCCCGAGAUGAAUGGGUAUGCCGAAAGAGCAGGAGGUGUCAUCAUUCUUCGCAUGAGAAUGCUGAUACUCGAAGGCAAGCUCCCAAAGGAGCUAUGGCCUGAAGCAGCAAUGGCAGCAGUCUGGCUGCUGAAUCGGACCCCAACGUAUCUGGCUGAUCAGAAACGUUGGAUAGUCCCAUGGGGUGAAGUCAUGAAGAGCUUCGCCGGCGAGCAAGCGCCACCAAUCAACUUGGCCAACGUCAGGUUAUACGGCAGUCUCGCUUAUUGCCGUAUCGAGAAGCAGGUUCAGUCAGACAAGAUGAAUCCUCGUGCUGAGAUUGGCUUCUUGGUAGGCUAUAUAGCAUCAAACGUUUGGAAAAUAUGGUUUCCGCAAGCCAACAAAAUACGGCUCGUUCGGGAUGCUAUCUUCGAUGAAUCACGUCGAUAUACAGCGGACUUUCAGCACUUCCAGCAAGUGCCAUUGCCAAUACUGAAAGAACCGCAAGAACUGGACCAAACAGAGGCGACGAGAGCCUUCGAAGCAUCGAUCUCGACUAGAUCAAUGCCUGAAUCAGAGCUAGAAGCAAGACCAUUCAAUGACGAUGAUCAAGAUGUCAACAUUAAUGGCAAUGCUAAUAGCAAUGCUAAUGUCCGAAGCAAUGAAGCUCAACAUGAGACUCUAGACAUUGGACAAAGAGACCGUUUUUCGGCCGAAAAACCGUCUCAUAAAGAAGCAGCAAUUCCUCUAUUGGACAGCGACGGUUCUUCUGCAAAAGACACCGUUCAGCCAAUCAGGAAUCAGGAAAAGCCUGACCAGACAUUCAGAGGUCAGGGGGUGUACAAUACACCCGAAAGGGAAAGACGGGAUGAAAUAGACAUCAUCCCAGGCGCAUUUCCCCAGGAAGUCCCGCUUCCACCUACUCCGCCAAGCGAGUAUCCUGAGUCUCGUCAGGGGGUGGAAACGCUAGAUGAAACGCGUGGCACGCAAGAUCUAGCAAGGGACCAGGCUCAUGAUACGCAAGAAGUCGUACAGGAAGCUAUAGAGGAUCAGCAAGUGGACUCGGAUGAAGAAGCCGAAAUGCAAUUGCUUGCUGGGCUCGCACCAAGGGAUAUCAAUGGAGAUGUCGAUGAAACAAACAUCAUAUCUGGUUCUCGAAGACGUCAGCCUAAGCGAGAUGAUGCUUAUUCGUACGUCGCGAUGGAACCGCCAGCGUAUCUGCAUGCAUUUGCUGCUGGUCUGUACGCCGAGAAGCCAACUCGACGUCAUAGAGAUGAUCUCCCUGAGCUUCCUAGGAACUGGAAGGAUGUCAUGAAUCAUCCCUUCCAGGAAGGCUUUCUCGCCGCUAUGAGAAAAGAGAUCGAAUCGCUUACUAGAAAAGCGACAUUCGAUAUCAUCGAUCGUCCGAAGGAUCGAGGGAAGCAAAUACUUCCACUUCUCUGGGUUUUCGCGUACAAAUUUGAUCAGGAUGGAUACCUUAUCAAACUGAAAGCCAGAAUUUGCGUCCGAGGUGAUCUUGAGACCAUAUCAUCAGAUGAAAAGCGGGCUGCUACACUAGCAGCAAGAACAGCAAGGAUGAUAUUCGCACUUGUUGCGGCGUUUGAUCUUGAUCUUCGACAGCGAGAUGCUGUCACUGCUUUCUUGAAUAGCAGGCUCGACAAGGACGUCUAUACCAGAAUGCCGGAAGGGUUUGGAACCCCUGGCAAGUGCUGGAAGCUCCGAAAGGCGCUUUAUGGGUUGAGGAUAUCUCCUCGAUUAUGGCAGCAAGAAGCAGCCGGAGUUCUCACCAAAUUAGGACUCCGUCAAGUGCCAGAAGACCCAUGCGUAUUUAUCGGAAAUGGGAUCAUCGUCUUUUUCUAUGUCGAUGAUAUAUUGAUAGCAAGUCAUCAAAACGUCAGGAAGCUUGCUGAUCAACUGGAAAGAGAUCUCGAAGCUCAUUGGGAGCUUACAGAUCAUGGAGACGCGGAAUGGUUUCUGAAUAUCCGCAUUAUCAGAGACCGGCGUCUAAAGAAGCUGUGGCUAUGCCAAGACAGCUAUAUAUCAAGUAUCGCGGCCCGGUAUCACCUAACGGAUAGGCCACCGGUUUCGACACCGCUGUCGCUUGAUGAAUUAGAGCCGUAUCACGGCAAGGCAGAUGCUCAAUCAGUGCAUCUAUACCAGCAAAAGGUUGGCUCGGCCGGGUAUGCCACCACGAUAACCCGACCGGAUGCCGCAAAAGCGAAUGCGAAGCUUGCUCAAUUCUUGACGAAUCCUGGACCUCAACACCAAAAGGCGGCUGAUAGACUGAUCAGCUACCUCUAUUCAACGCGGUACCACGCAAUCGAGUAUGGGUCUCAACAGGAAGACAUCGAAUCCGUCCAAUUGGCAAGUGACGCGUCGUAUGGAGAUCAUGCAGACCGGAAGAGCUCUGCAGGAUAUAUCUGCCAGGUUUAUGGAGGACCUGUGGACUGGAAGGCCACCAAACAACGGACGGUGACUACAUCAACAACGGAAGCAGAGCUUCUUGGGCUCUCAGAAGCUGGCAAGCACCUUCAAUGGUGGAGACGACUAUUGCGGCAUGUUGGUUUCGAUCCUUCUCACGUUAUUAGCAUUGAAUGCGACAAUGAGAGAGCGAUCAACUUGCUCACGUCUCAGGAUGCUAGCUUCGACACCAAGCUUCGUCAUGUAGACAUUCACCACCUAUGGCUGAGACAGGAAGUGCAGAAAGGCCGGAUUUCGAUCCGAUGGGUGCCUACUGCCAGAAUGGUAGCCGACGGCCUCACAAAAUUGCUGCCAAGACAGCAGCACGAGCGUUUUGUGAAAAUGCUUCACUUGGUGGACAUCAGCCACUUGGUGGAUGCUGGAAAGACGCCAGGGAGAGGUUGA